UUACGGUCUUGCAAUCAGUACACUGAAAUAAGCCUGCAUCUUCACAAAAUCUAAACUCUAUUAUUAUCCUCAAAAAAAAAAAUGGGAUCUUCGAAAAUCUUCUCUGGAAUCAAGGGCCUACUGAUGGUUGUUGUAUGUCUGUCGAUAGUUAAUCUUUCACUUGGUCAACAAAAGUUUUGUGGUCAUGACUUACGUGCUGUUAUAGAAUUGAUGUGUCCAAAAGGUGUCAAUGGAUAUGAAACGAAACGAAGUUUUUCAAUCGACGAAGAUCUAAGCAAUGAAAAUACUGAAGAAGACUUUAGUUUUGGACAAAGCUUUGAUAUGUUGCCAUUUUUGAGGAUGAUGGAAACCAAUGGAAUUGCCCAGACUCGUCGCAGAAGGGAUGGUAUUGCACAUGAGUGUUGUUUGAAGGCUUGUCAUACAUCAGAAAUUAUAAAGUAUUGUCGAAAGUAAAUUAGAACAAGGUUUGGUUUAACGAUUACAGACCUCGAUUUUCAAAUAUGUACUACCUGAUUAGAGUCUUCUUAAAGUGCAAAGUAAAACUAAUUAUUAUGUUUCUUUAAAAGUUUUAUCAUGAAUGUUAUUAGAUAUUUAUUUAAAUGAUGAAAUAAAAAAUAAUAUUUUUUGGCA